GCAGCGUUGCUCAGCUCACCUGUCCUAUUAUCACUCAAUUCUUCCGCAUCCGUUAGAGCUGCCUGCACGUACGUACGUCUACAAUGGCGCCGUCGACGGAGACGAAGGAUUUCAACGUUGCUACGUCAGUGCUUCCGACACACUUCAUUCUCGUCCCCCUCGUGGCGCAGGGCCACACCAUCCCGAUGGUGGACCUUGCACGCCUCCUCGCAGGACGCGGUGCGCGCGUGAGCGUGGUGACCACACCCUGGAACGCCGCGCGCCUCCAGGGCAUCGCCGACUCUGCACGGCGCGCCAAGCUGCCCCUAGACAUAGUCGAGCUCCCGUUCGCGCCGGCCGACGACGGGCUGCCCCCAGGCUGUGGCGACGACAUCGACACGUUAGUCCCCAUGUUCCAGGCCCUCCACAGGCUCGCCGGCCCCUUCGAGGCCUACUUACGCGCGCUGGGGCGGCGGCCGAGCUGCAUCAUCUACGACAGGGCUAACGCGUGGACUGCCGGCGUGGCCAGGAGCGUCGGGGUGCCGCUGCUCUUCUUCCACGGCCCUUCCUGCUUCUACUCGCUCUGCGAGCUCACCGUCGCCACGCACGGACUUGUUGAGGAGCGCGAGAUGUGCGUCAUGCCAGGCCUGCCGGUGCGCGUGGAGAUGACCAGGGCUACGUGCUCCUCCGCCUUCUUGAACACACCUGCGUGGGAGGCGUUCCAGAAGAACGCCAUGGAGGCUAUUCGCAUGGCCGACGGCGCCGUCGCCAAUACGUUCCUGGACCUCGAGGGGCAGUUCGUGUCGUGCUACGAGGCGGCGCUGGGGAUGCCGGUGUGGGCGCUCGGGCCGUUGUGCCUCAGCACCCGCGACGAGGCGGCCCUGGCGUGCCGGGGGGACAAGGACAAACCCACCGCCGUGGACCAGAGCGCGGUCACCGAAUGGCUCGACGCCAUGUGCACCGGCUCCGUUGUUUAUGCCAGCUUCGGCAGCCUCGUGCGGGUGCUUCACGAGCAGCUGUACGAGGUCGGGCAUGGCCUGGAGGACUCGGGCAGGCCGUUCCUUUGGGUCGUGAAGGAGUCCGAGGUGGCGGCCUCGCCGGAGGUGCUAGAGUGGCUGCCAGCCCUGGAGGCACGCACGGCGGGCCGUGGCCUCGUGGUGCGCGGCUGGGCGCCGCAGCUCGCCAUCUUGUCGCACCGCGCCGUGGGGGCCUUCGUGACACACUGCGGCUGGAACUCGCUGCUGGAGUCGGUCGCACACGGCGUGCCGGUGGUGACGUGGCCACACUUGGCAGACCAGUUCCUGAACGAGCGGCUGGCCGUGGACGUGCUCGGCGUCGGCGUGCCCGUCGGCGCAGCCGUGCCUGACGGCGAGGCCGUGAUGGUGGCGCGCGGAGACAUCGCGCGGGCGGUGUCGGAGCUCAUGGGCGGUGGCGACGUGGCCGAGGAGAGGAGGAGGAAGGCCAAGGAGUACGGCGAGAGAGCUCGCACAGCCAUGGCCAUAGGAGGUUCAUCCUACCAAAACCUGACGCGGCUAAUACAGAGAUUCACGCCGAGUGAUGGCAAUGGCAAGGAACAGUAAAAAGAUUAAACCUUGGAAUAAAAUGGUGAGAGAUAGAAAAUUAUGGAUGCGUAAAUAACUAAAUACAUGCUCUCACAUGCUGAGCUAUACGCGGUCAGCAUUACCCUCAUCAUUGCAAUAUGGGUAGUAUUGGAGAAUCUCUUGCAACAAGGUUUAUGUUACAUAAACUUUUUGUUGCAGAUAUUUUCUUUUAACUAUUUCUACAACAUGGUGGUUGUGGCGGAAAAAAAAUUUGAAACACAGAUGAUGUUGCGGAAAA